AUGCGAGUUUCGACAGUCGGUUCAGGUGCUGGCUCAUCAGACACGCUAAGAGAUGUCAGGGGAUGGGCGCUGAAGCUUUUCACGGAAGAGGGCAAUCAAGAUUUCGUGUUUAAUGACAUUCCCGUAUUCUUUAUAAGGGACUCCAUCAAAUUCCCUAGUCUCAACAGGUCCCAUAAGCGACAUCCUGCAACGAACAUUACCGAUAACACUAUGUUCUGGGAAGGAACACCCAAAUCCGUUCGACACGUCAAUGGCUACAGCGGGCACACUUAUAAACUGACAAAGGCAGAUGGCUCAUUCCACUACAUCAAGCUCCACUUCAAAGCAGACCAAGGCAAUGACACUCUUACCGAUGCCGAGGCAACGAAGCUUGCAGGGGAGGAUCCCGAUAAUCAUACUGAAGACCUAUGGAACGCUAUCGCGACCGGCAACUAUCCAUCAUGGACACUGUACUUCCAGGUCAUGACGCCAGAGCAGGCUGAGAAAUAUCAUUGGAACAUUUUUGAUAUGACCAAAGUCUGGCCACAUUCCGAUUUCCCCCUAGUUCCAGUCGGCAAGCUUACAAUGAAUCAAAAUCCUUCAAACUACUUUACAGAUGUUGAGCAAGCCGCCUUUUCGCCCUCAACGAUGGUCGCCGGUAUUGCUCCAUCCGCAGACCCAAUGCUUCAAGCCCGUAUGUUUGCUUAUCCUGACGCCGCCCGUUAUCGGCUGGGUGCCAACUAUCAGCAACUGCCUUGCAAUCGGCCUGUAAGCGAGGUGUACAGUCCCUACCAACGGGACGGGUUUAUGAAUACCACGAACAACUACGGUAGUGAUCCAAACUAUGUUCGCUCAGCUUUGCGGCCCGUCAAUUUUAGCGGCAGCAAGUACAGUAUGAUUAGAUUUGCAGUCGGAGAACAUCAGCAGUGGGUAUCAGGUGCAAUCGCCGGUUAUACAUCUGAGGUCAUCGAUGAGGACUUCGAGCAGGCCCGUAUGUUCUGGGAUGUGCUUGCUAGACAACCUGGGCAGCAGGAUAACCUAGCCCUCAAUGUUGCAGCGCACUUAGGAAAGGCGUUGCCCGAGGUGCAGAAGGAAACCAUCAAGAUGUUCGCCCGUGUCAACUUGGAACUGGCAAAUCGUGUCAAGACAGCUCUGAAUUAA